AUGCAGCAGUGGGUGUACCAUGUCUCACCGGAGGUCAAUGCGAUUUCGCAGUAUCCAACCAUCCUCGCGGUAUGCAUUUCGCUCACCUUUGUCAUGACCGUGGUGGUCUGUCUCCGGAUCUGGGUUCGUGCUGUGUGGAAGAAGAGCUUUGGUGUUGAUGAUGCUGUCAUUGUGUCCUCGGCGUUAUACAGAAAUAUCCCCUCCAUUUAUCUUACCCUUGCUAAUAUCGAGUCCUUUAGGUAUGCGGGAUCAUCUACAGUCAACUUCGCUGGCCGCCCGUUCUACAUGGCCGGCAUCACCGGUUUCAAAGUGGCCCUGUGUAUCGCAUAUCUACGCAUCAUCCGCCAUAGUUCAGAGAAGUCCUACCGCCACGUCGUUUGGGGCAUAAUGAUAUUCACCAUCUUAUCACACGUUGCCGGGACUCUCGUUCUCUUCUUCCAGUGCUCACCCGUGCACAAGUCAUGGCGGCCUUUGACACCGGGAACGUGUCUGCCAAAUCCUGCUGUCUUCUACCCUCUUGCAGGAGUAUCAAUCUUCUGUGAUUUGAUUGUCUUCCUCACCCCCAUCCCACUAUGGCUGAAAGUACGCAUCAGCACGCCGCGUAAAUUGGGGCUGAUGGCCGUCUUCCUGCUCGGCCUGUUCACCACAGCCUGCUCGAUUAUGCGAGUGGUACAGAUUGAGAUAAUUGCAAAGGACGGAAACUCUACCAUGCUUAUUCUCUGGGGAACCAUCGAGCUGAACGUCGGGAUCGCCAUAACCUGUCUGCCCACUCUCAUACCGCUAAUCACCUUCAUGCGAGGCCGAACAUCCAAGAGCGGCCCCAUGCAAUAUCCUCACAGCACCUCCGACGGCCGCAGCGCCGGCACUUCAGUCAAGCUCAAGUCCGUCGGCCUGCACUCAUCGACCAUGCGAUCCCAAACCAUCCCGACCGGCAACAACACGCUAGUCAAGUCGGGCAGUUUCAGCUCUCUAGAGGCGAUCCUCCCGGUCGACAGCCAGGGGCGGCCCAUCCAGCGAGAAGACAUGGAAUCCAGCAACGGCAACGGAUCGCAGAGCAAUGUACACCUCUCCAAUCCUGGCCAUAUAACGAAGACUGUCCAGGUGGAGAUCACCCGGACGGACAACCGGCCGGGCCCUGAGCAAAGUUGGCUUCAUUGA